GUCUCCAAAUUCAGAGUUCGUCUGCAUUAAUUUCCAAUUGCCACUUUCGGUCGGCAAAUUUUAUGAUUUUUUUUGAGGUGGUGCGUUCGUCAGGAUCGCAGCUUCUGUUCGCUAAUCUUGACACGGAAUCGUGAUUCCGGGCGCGCUUUUGGAACCUCGUGAUCACACCAGAAAGUGCGCCGUCGUCCUCACAAUUGCGCGGUGCGGUGGUGGCUCUGGGAGCUCUGGCUUUGGAAGAGUGGUAUGUGAAUUCGGUGCUCGGAGUUAGAGCAGCGGAGGAGAUGGCGACUAUCUCUGUCUGGGCGGAAUUGCGGAAUUGAAUUCUUCGAGAGGCUGGCUGGGCGGGCGGCUAGUUGGCUGAAUAUUCUCGUUGGCGUUGAAUUGGUGACGAGUGAAGAAUUGGAUGAAUGCAUGCCAAUUUUCUGGAGUUGAAUUUGACAAUUGAGUGACGGUCAUUUUUGUUCCAUCGAUCCCGUCUCUGGAGUUCUUUGUCACAUUUCUCAAGGUUUUGAGUAUCCGCAACACUAUGUGGUUGAGAGAAGCAGUCUGUCUCAGAAGAUACAAGUUUCUCGGAGUGUGUUGCUCCUUUCGAUGGUUCCACCUGUAAAAGCCGAUAAUGUCGCAUACACAACAUCUGAAGUGAAUUGCUGCUAGAGAGAAGGCUGUUUAAGGUCGAACUUCAAGCUUAACGCCAUGCAGUGAAAUUUGUUCCCAUCUUACGUACUUGGGAGCCCAGGACCGAUCGGCAUCCAGAAAGUGUGAGGUGCCGUGUGUGAGAAGCGAACCUGAAGGAUGGAAGAAUGGUUCUCGUUACUGCUGGUGUCGUCGGUGGCGUUAUUGGCGUUACCUCAACUUUGCGUUGGCGCCAAAUCUGAGACAUGGGAUAUUUGCAAGCAGAUUGUAUUACAAAUGGGUUAUCCUUGUCAAAACUUUACGGUGACCACGGACGAUGGCUACCUGCUAGGUCUCUAUCGUAUUCCUUAUGGCUAUAAUGAGGAAGUAAAGGAUCGCAGUUGGUCCCGGCCUCCUGUCUAUCUACAACAUGGUCUCGUACAAGGUGGAGAUACUUGGGUUCUGAACAACCCAGACGAGUCUCUUGGUUACAUUCUUGCAGAUGCGGGGUUUGAUGUCUGGUUGGGUAAUAUACGCGGUACACGCUGGAGCUAUGGACAUGUAUCCAUGUCAAGAGAGGACAAGGAUUAUUGGGACUGGAGCUGGGAUGAAUUGGCCGCUUACGACCUACCAGCAAUGCUCGAAUUUGUUUACAAGAUCACUGGUCGUAAAGUCCUGUACGUUGGUCACUCUCAGGGAACCAUUAUGGGAUUAGCAGCUUUUACUCAAGACAAGGUCGGAGAAUUUGUCGCUGCGGCAGCAUUACUGAGCCCGAUCACUUACUUGAAUCACAUCAAUUCUGCAUUUCUCAACGUUGCGGCCCACUAUUAUAUUGAGAAGAUGGUGAAGACCAUGGGUGUGCACGAGUUCAAUUUGCGCAAUGAGCUUGGGGUAGAGUUAGUUGAUCGGGUUUGUGCGUCACCCAUAGUCGAUUGUGGGAAUCUUUUGGCAGCUCUUACAGGUCCCAACUGCUGUUUCAACGAGUCGCGUAUACCUUAUUAUCUGCAAUACGAACCACACUCAACGUCCCUCAAGAAUCUUGCACAUCUUGCUCAAAUGAUCCGCAGUGGAACAUUCGCUAAGUAUGACUAUGGGAGACUGGGAAAUCUAUUGCACUAUUACAGGUUCUCUCCUCCCUCCUAUGAUCUGGCCCAGAUUCCAGCGACUAUGUCUCUUUGGAUGUCUUGGGGCGGUAACGAUGCUCUUGCAGAUGCAGUAGACGUAGCCCACACAAUUUCUGAACUACAAUGCAAGCCGGAGCUCAUUUACGUGGAGAAUUACGGGCACAUUGAUUUUGUUUUGAGCACCCGCGCCAAAACUGACAUUUAUGAUAGCAUGAUUGCCUUCUUUAGAGAUCAAGGAGAAGAUACGCACGCCCAAAUUUAGAGUGGUGUGUAGGAGCGUUACGAAGUUACAGAUGUAUGUCCGGUUGCCUUCAGUCUGAACGUAGUCCAUGUACAAUUAAGUCGUGCAGAUAGGUAGUUGGAUUAGAACGUGGAACGCCAUUGCUUAGUAUGUGAGGGGUGAGAAACAUGCCAACCCUCUAGUGACAUUAUGACAUGUACUUGUGAAUAUUGGUGACAAAUGUAUUUGUAAAUAUGGGAAAUUCCCAAUCGAAGGUCCACUGACCUUCCCAAGUUUGAUGGAUAGUUUUGACGUGG